CCCUGGGCCCCUCGGGCCCCCGCUGCGCGGUCCACGUGGCCUACCGCUUCCACAGUCGCCCCCAAGGUAACCCCGCCCUGGUCGCGGCCGCCGGCUGGCCCCGGAGGCCGGCCAGCUCGCGCCCACACUCGCCCUCCCAGGCUUCCUGGCGCUGCUGGUGGAGGAGGGCGGCGGCCGCGAGCUGCUGUGGCAGGCCCCGGACAGCGGCCCCCUGGGCUGGAGCACCGACACCGUCCUCCUGGGGGCGCGCCAGCGGCCCUUCCGGCUGGAGUUCGUGGGCCUGGUGGACCUGGACGGCCCUGGCGAGGAGGCCGCCUGGGUGGAUGCGGUGACCCUGAGGGACUGCAGCCCCACGGCCACCACGGAGAAGGACACAGGUCUUGCCUGCCCUUCCUGGCCCCACAGAGGGGUCUGGGCUCCGUCGCAGCGGGGGUGCCGGCCGAGGGCACUGAACCCCCGCUGCCCCCAGAGAUCUCCUGCAACUUUGAGCGGGACACAUGCGGCUGGCUCGCGGGCCACCCCGCCGAGGCCCAGUGGCGCCGGGUGGCGAGCCACGGCCCGGGCCAUGACCACACCACUGGCCGAGGCCACUUCCUUCUCCUGGACCCCACGGGAGCCCAGGCCCGGGGCGCGGGCGCCCGAGUGCUCACCCAGCCGCAGGUGCCGGCGGCCGCGCAGGAGUGCCUGUCCUUCUGGUACCACCUCCACGGGCCCCAGACGGGGACGCUGCGCCUGGCCGUGAGGCGGGGCGGGGGCCCCGAGGAGCAGCUGUGGGCCCGGUCGGGCACCCAGGGCAACCGCUGGCACCAGGCCUGGGCCACCCUCCACCACCAGCCAGAAGAGGGCACCAAGUACCAGCUGCUGUUCGAGGGCCUCCGGGACGGGUUCGAGGGCACCAUGGCGCUGGACGACGUGGCCGUGCGCCCAGGGCCCUGCUGGGCCCCCGAGCAGUGCUCCUUCGAGGACUCGGCCUGCGGCUUCUCUGCGGAGGGUCAGGGGCUCUGGAAGCGCCAGAACAAUGCCACGGGCCACGCCGCCUGGGGCCCCCCAGCUGACCUGGCCGUGUGGGGCGCAGGCGGGCGCCUGCGGCACCUGUGGCUGCAGGCCCAGGUGGAGGUGGCCAGCCCCGAGGAGUUCCAGAUCGUGUUUGAAGCCACCCUGGGCGGCCAGCCGGCCCUGGGGCCCAUCGCCCUGGACGACGUGCAGUACCUGGCCGGGCGGCCUUGCCAGCCCCCCGCACCCGGCCAGGGCAACAGGGCAGAGGCCACGUCGGUGCCAGCCGCCGUGGGCGGCGCCCUCCUUAUCCUGCCGCUGCUGCUGCUGCUGCUGGGCAUCGGGGUGCGGCGCUGGCUGCGGGGGAAGGGCGGCCGCCCCCCCCAGACCGAGGCGCGGGCGGGUCACCCGGUCGUGGUGCAGCUCCUCCGUCUCGCGGUCCAGCUUGGCCGUGUUCUUGGUGAUCGAGUGCUGCUUGUUCUGGCCGGCAGCCCCUGGGCGCCAGAGGGCAAGCGCACUGGCUCGCUGCCGCCCACGAGCCGCGGGGCCCGGCCCGCCACGCCCGCCCUGGCCCAGCCUGGCCCUGCCCACCCCGGGCCCGGCCCUCUGCUGGCUGGCGGAUACCUACAUUUCUUGGAGGUUUCUACAUCUUCUCCUCGCCUCUGA